AUGGAUAGUAAUGAAAGUAAAAGUCUCGAUACUGAAUAUAAACGUUACUUGGAAAUCAUGAGGCCUUACGUCGCUCAAUUAUUGGAUCAGGAAGUUAUUCAAAUUUGUAAUUCGUGGAUUCAAAGACUUUCAAGUUGUAGUGAAAACGAAAAAGUGUUACGAAAUAAAUAUAUCUUCUCUCUUUGUUAUCAACUAGCACGGGGAGUGUUAGAUGAACCAUUUAUCAACAUUCCAAAGUCUAAAGAAACACCGCUUUGUCCUUUACCGGAAGACACAUAUAGUGUCGAGUCAACAGAAGUGGAAUGUCUGGUCUUAGACUUGGACAAUACAAACACAAAAAUUCUUUAUAAUAAUCAAAAUAACAUUAAUUCAGCCACAGCAAAUUUUUCUCUGAAUAGUGACUAUUUCACGGAGCAAAGCAAAAAUGAAUUUUUAAGUGAGAGUAAUAAGUCUAUUAUUUCGAGACACUGUGAAGAAGAACCAAUAUGCAAACAAAACGUGCUGUGCUAUAACUGUCCCAAAAUGACACCGAAAUAUAACACCGAUGAAAGUAUUUAUCAAUACAGGGCAAAUAAUCUCAUACAGAAACUCAGAGAAAUAAAAAAGCAAAAUGUAUUGCUUCAUAACGAGUUGGAAAAUUUAAAAGAUUCAAAGCAACGUAAUUUGAUUGAUGACUCUCGCGACGAUAUUCUUAAAGUAGAUCAAUCAACGAGUUCCUAUUUGCAAUGCCAUGAAAGUACCACAACAAUAAAAACUCUAAAAGAAAAACUGCACGAAGUCCAGGAAGAGAGAAAUAACCUUAUAGAAACAAUAAGUAUUUUACAAGAUAAGCUUGAUAACAUUACUGAAAUGAAUAAUCAUGAAAAAGAGACUUUGGAAGCCAAAUAUAAACUAGACAUUAUAAAACUUAAGACUGAAAUACGUGAAGAGGUAAAAAGUUAUUACGAUAAAAAAUUGGCAGACGUUAGGGAUCAAUAUGAAGAAAGGAUAAAAAUUAUGAAAGAAGACAAUUUUAAGGAAUUGGAGAAACUUGAAAAAAGUAAGGAAUCUAUUAUUGCUGAAAAAGAUAAAAUAAUAAAAGACAAAGAUACCGAGAUAAACCAAUUACUUACUUGCAUUGAAAAUCUAAAACAUAAUCAAAUGUCGUUGUUACAAAAGUUUAUAGAAAGUCCUCCUGAAGACACUGAAGCAUACCAUUUAAAAACAAAAACUGAUGAAUUAACUAAACGUUUAACCAAAAUAGAAAAAUCUAAAUUUCGUUCGUCCAAAGCUUAUGAAGCAAAGAUAACGAAUUUGCAGAAAGAAAAACAUUUAGGCGAAUGCUCUUUACAGUUGCAACUACUGAAACAAAGAGCACAAUUAGUCGGCGAGUACGCUGAAGAACACCAGAAUGAACUCUCCACUGCAUUAGACAAACUUGAAAAUAAAUAUAAAGAAAUAGUAGCCAACGUACAAGCAACCGCAGUACAACGAAGAAUUCAAGACCAAAUGGCGUUAGAAUCAAUAAUACAGGCUGUCUGCGGCAUAAGAAACGAAGGCAUGUUUAUGAACAAUACACAAACAACUUUUUCAAGCCAAAUGACCAGUAAACCUAAACGUAACCCAACGAGGGAUGGAGAUCAAUGUGGCGACAACGAAGCGACCAGACUGUGUCGAGAGAGAGAGAACAGAGUCGGGAGUGUGAUUGUUGGAAAUAAAUCGUAUGUUGAAGAGAGCUCCGUCGGCGGAUACGACCUGGAUAAUGAUAAACUAGGAGUGUUCUUUGAGAGAGUUCAUAUACCACAGAGAGACACGGGUGAGAAUGACGACAAAAAAAUAAAUUUGAAAACUACUUAG